UCACAAAACUUUGUGUUAAAAGUCCAGUAAUCAAGACUCCUUCCAAAUAACUAAUAUACGUAUGGCUGAAGCUUUCCUUCAAAUUCUGCUAGACAAAUUGACUUCUGUCAUCCGAGAGGAACUUGGAUUGCUUUUCGGUUUCGAAAAUGAGUUCAAAAGACUUUCGGACAUGUUUUCUGCAAUCCAAGAGGUGCUUGAAGAUGCUCAGGAGAAGCAACUCAAGGAUAAGACAAUAAAGAACUGGUUAAAGAAACUCAAUGUAGCUGCAUAUGAUAUUGAUGACAUAUUGGACGAAUGUAAAACUGAGGCAACAAGAUUUGAGCAGUCUCGAUUAGGGCUUUAUCAUCCAGGGAUUAUCACUUUUCGUCACAAAAUUGGGAAAAGGAUGAAAGAGAUGACGGAGAAACUGGAUGCAAUUGAUGAGGAACGAAGGAAGUUUCCUUUGGAUGAAAGGAUUGUAGAAAGACAAACUGCUAGAAGGGAAACAGGUUUUGUUUUGACUGAGCGAGAAGUUUAUGGAAGGGACAAAGAAAAGGAUGAGAUAGUAAAAAUCCUAAUAAACAAUGUUAAUUAUGCGCAAGAACUUUCAGUGCUCCCUAUACUUGGUAUGGGGGGUUUGGGAAAGACGACACUUGCCCAAAUGGUCAUCAAUGAUCAGAGAGUAAGAGAGCACUUCAAUCCCAUAACAUGGGUUUGUGUCUCAGUUGAUUUUGAUGAGAAAAGAUUGAUAAAGCUGAUUGUAGGAAAUAUUGAAAAAAGUUCUCUUGAUGUCGAGGACUUGGCUUCAUUUCAGAAGAAGCUUCAGGAGUUGUUGAAUGGAAAAAGAUACUUGCUUGUAUUAGAUGAUGUUUGGAAUGAUGAUCAAGAGAAAUGGGCUAAUCUAAGGGCAGUCUUGAACGUAGGGGCAAGCGGUGCUUCUGUUUUAACCACUACUCGUCUUGAAAAGGUUGGAUCAAUUAUGGGAACUUUACAACCUUAUAAAUUGUCAAAUCUCUCUCAAGAAGAUUGCUGGUUGUUGUUCAUGCAGCGUGCAUUUGGGCACCAAGAACAAAUAAACCCUAACCUUGUGGCUAUUGGAAAGGAGAUUGUGAAAAAGUGUGGGGGUGUGCCUUUAGCGGCCAAGACUCUUGGAGGUAUUUUGCGCUUCAAGAGAGAAGAAAGAGAAUGGGAACAUGUGAGAGAUAGCGAGAUUUGGAAUUUACCUCAAGAUGAAAGUUCCAUUCUCCCUGCCCUGAGAUUGAGUUAUCAUCACCUUCCACAUACUUUGAGACAAUGUUUUGUGUAUUGUGCGGUGUUCCCAAAGGACACCAAAAUGGAAAAGGAAAAUCUAAUCGCUCUCUGGAUGGCACACGGUUUUCUUUUACCGAAAGGAAAAUUGGAGCCGGAGGAUGUGGGUAAUGAAGUAUGGAAUGAAUUAUACUUCAGGUCUUUCUUCCAAGAGGUUGAAGAAGAAAAAUUAGUAAAAAGUGAUAGAGUAACUUAUUUCAAAAUGCAUGAUCUAAUCCAUGAUUUGGCUACAUCUCUGUUUUCAUCAAGCACGUCAAGCAGCAAUACCCGUGAAAUAAAAGUUAAUUGUUAUGGAGAUACGAUGUCUAUUGGUUUUGCUGAAGUGGUGUCUUCUUACUGUCCUUCCCUCUUGAAAAAGUUUCUCUCGUUAAGGGUGCUUAAUCUAAGCUACUCAGAACUUGAGGAGUUACCCUCUUCCAUUGGAGAUCUAGUACAUUUAAGAUACUUGAACAUGUGUGGCAAUAACAUUUGUAGUCUUCCAAAAAGAUUGUGCAAGCUUCAAAAUCUGCAGACUCUUGAUUUAAGGUAUUGCAACUCACUUUCUUGUAUGCCCAAACAAACAAGUAAACUCGGUAGUCUUCGAAAUCUUUUACUUGAUGGCUGUCUAUUGACUUCUAUGCCACCAAGGAUAGGAUCUCUGACAUGCCUUAAGACACUAAGUUACUUUCUUGUUGGUGAGAAGAAAGGCUAUCAACUUGGUGAACUACGGAACUUAAAUCUCUAUGGAUCGAUUUCAAUCGCACAACUUGAGAGAGUGAAGAAUGAUACGGAGGCAAAAGAAGCCAAUUUAUCUGCAAAAAGAAAUCUGCACUCUUUAAGCAUGAGUUGGGAUCGUGAUGAACCACAUAGAUAUGAAUCAGAAGAAGUUAAAAUUCUUGAAGUCCUCAAACCCUACCCCAAUAUUCUGAAAUCUUUAAAGAUCACUGGCUUCAGAGGAAUCCGUCUCCCAGCCUGGAUAAAUCACUCAGUUUUGGGGAAGGUCGUAUCUAUCAAAAUUGAAUGUUGCAUAAACUGUUCCGUCUAACCACCUUUUGGUGAGCUGCCUUGUCUAGAAAUUCUAGAGUUACACAAAGGGUCCGCCGAGUAUGUUGAAGAGAAUGAUGUUCAAUCUGGAGUCUCCACAAGAAGAAGGUUUCCAUCCCUGAGAGAACUUCAUAUAAGCAACUUCCGUAAUCUGAAAGGAUUGCUGAAAAAGGAAGGAGAAGAACAAUUCCCCAUGCUUGAAGAGAUAGAGAUUCAGUAUUGUCCUAUGCUUGUUUUUCCGAACCUGCCUUUUGUCAAGAUGUUGGAAAUUUCAGGGGAGGCAGAUGCAAGAGGUUUGAGCUCCAUAUCUAAUCUUAGCACUCUCACUUCCCUCUGGAUUGCGGAUAACUACAAAGUGACUUCGUUCCCAGAAGAGAUGUUCAAAAGCCUUGCAAAUCUCAGAUACUUGACUAUCUCUGGCUUACAAAAUCUCAAAGAGCUGCCUACCAGCUGCCUGGCUAGUCUCAAUGCGUUGGAGUAUUUGUAUAUUGCAUGUUGUGACCCACUAGAGAGUCUUCCGGAGGAAGGGCUGGAAGGUUUAACUUCACUCACGCUGUUAUCUGUUCGCUCUUGCAAGAUGCUAAAAUCUUUACCCGAGGGAUUGCAGCACCGAACAGCCCUCACAAGUUUAACAGUUUAUGGCAGUCCACAAGUGAAAAAGCGUUGUGAGAAGGGAAUAGGAGAAGACUGGCACAAAAUUGCUCACAUUCGUAAUGUGAAUAUAGAUUAGAGUUAUAAUUUGUAAACGUUUUUUGGUUUGUGAGCCCCCCAUACUGCUUCCUUCCAUCGGAUGUAAUUUUCUUAUGUAUUACACUUGUUCUAAUUAUUGGCCAACAGUAGUUGUUGAUUAUUGCUUUCUGAAUGAAUAUUGUGCCAGAUGGAAAAAAAAAAAAA